AUGUAUGGCGUGGGCCCAUCGUACGCAGCGUCGGCCAAGGACCGCACAUCUGAAUUCCAUAGCAUGCUCGCCAAGUAUGCUGCAUUAACACCACCGGCGCCAAGUAACGUCAAACGGCCCACCAGCGCUCACACUCAAUUCUCCCAGCGGGCUCAGGCCGUGGCAAGCGAACUUAGCGCCACCACCGCCAAACUCGAACGCCUCUCACAGCUUGCACGGCGCAGAUCUCUAUUUGAUGAUAGACCUGUGGAGAUCUCUGAACUGACCUACAUUAUCAAGCACGACAUUGCCGGCUUGAAUCGACAGCUCGCAGAGCUGCAGCAGCUCUCUGCACACAACCAGCGCAGCAAGGGUAAUCGCGCAGAGGAGCACAGAUCCAAUGUCGUCACGAUGCUUCAAUCGACGUUGGCAAACACUACGACCAGCUUCCAAGAAAUCUUGGAGGUUCGGACCCAAAACAUGAAAGCAUCCAAAGACCGCUCAGAUCAGUUUUUUAACAGUGCCGCCCCAUCUCUGGAUACACAGCGCUCCAAGUCGCCUCUAUAUUCCCUUGCGCGCUCCCAGCCAGCAUCUGCACAGCCCUCACCUCCUCCAUCAACUCAACUUACCCCUGCCUCAGCCUUGCAAAAACGCCAUACGGCUGCGCAUCAUACGAUGCACGACGAAGAAGCCUCUUCAUCAGAGAAGGGCUUCCUUUCCCUCAAUAUGAUGGAGUCAGGUGGUCUACAGCAGCAGCAGUUCCUUCUUCAGGACAUGGAGGAGCAGCAGGCUGGCUACAUGCAGCAGCGAUCGAAUGCGAUUGAAUCGAUUGAGUCGACUAUCUCAGAACUGGGCCAGAUCUUCGGCCAGCUUGCUCAUAUGGUAGCACAACAGGGCGAGACGGUGCAGCGAAUUGACGAUGACGUCUUGCAUGUAUCGGACAAUGUCGAGGGCGCUCGACGUGAAUUGCUCAAGUACUACGCCAACAUCUCCAAUAACCGAUGGCUUAUGCUCAAAAUUUUCGGCGUCCUCAUUGUAUUCUUCUUACUCUUCAUCCUUGUCUCCUAA